AUGUCGAGGUCGCGAAGCGCCAGCAUGGAGAUCGUGCCCCCCACCAACUCGCGUCACAGAGGCCUCGCGGAUGUCAUGGACGCCAUGUUCAAGAGCAACCACAAGGAGAGUGAGGACCUGAGAGACGAGGAUGCCGACGCGGAAGCAGAUGAUGAAGAACUUCCGCCUCCACAGGCAGCACCUGCUGAAUCGGGCGUACCGAAUGCCCCAACGCCGUGUGAGCGCUGCCAACGCACGGGAAAGACCUGCAAGGGUGUCGCGGGCGCCCGGUGCGAGCACUGCAAGCGGUUGAAGCAGCGGUGCUCCAACAGCACCGGGCCCGCGCGUGGAAAGCAUGCUGCGGCAGCAAAGAAGGCAGGCGAGUCUGCGAACGCCACUAAAGCGACUCCGGCGAAGGCUAGCACAUCACAUGCUAUCUCGGCCGCCAAUCACUUGAAGCGAAAAUCCCCCGGUAAAGCAAGCUCCCCCGCGAACGGGGACAUCGAUGGCCACAGUAUCGAUGGCGAAGGCAGCAUUGAUGACGAAGAUGGUCACGAACCGCCACCGAGGCUGAACAAGAAGCGGCGCAUCUCGAAAGGGAAUGGAGGCCCUUCUCGUGCACAGCUUGUCAAGGCCGUCGGUGAGAUCGAGGCCUCUAUCAAGCGCGUGCAGUCCACCGUUGCGAAGGAGGUUGAGAAGAUGAGCGGUGUCAUCAAGUCGUUGAACACGAAGAUUAAAGAGAUGGAUGACGACUAG